CUCGCUCGAAACGGAUCGGAAAUUCCAUUGAAAACACGAGUGCAAAUUUCUCGCAUGACGAUGGCGGACGUGGAAGAAGAUCCAAGCAGUCGCUUCGUCGACUACACGAAUGAGACGAACUGGGAGCGCUUCAUCUCCGGAGUGGAGGACACUUUGCUUCAAUGGGGUCUUGGUGACCAAGGAGCGAUGCCGAACGGAUUGACGACGGACAAGUUUAAAGUGAUUUCGUGCCACAAAACGCACUACCUACUCCGGUUGCAUCGAGAAGACACCUUCCAAGCUCCAAUACCGUCUCCACCAACCGCACGACCUCCAGAUAGCGCACCCUCUACCUUCCACUACACGCCAACACUUGUCAGCAUCGCGGACCCGCGAAUGGACUUGACGUCGCCACCUGAAUCAUUACAUCGGUACUUUGGAUGCGACACGUACCUUCUCCUGUAUCGGUACCAUCUCUUGGCGUACAAUGACACGGAAGAAACGAUAACGAUGGACACGACUGCAGGCGUCCGCGAUGACGAGGUGCAUGUGCUCCUAAGCAGUUUCAUGGUCGCGUUGGGGAAUUGCAAUUGCACGUUGCCCGCGUUUGUGGUUAUCGGUGACUUGGACGACCAGCAUUUUAUGGGCGUUGCGACGUCUGGACUUCACAGCACCAUCUCGUUGCAAUUUGACACGAACAAAGCUCCUGAGGUGCCGACAUCCCAGCACUGCGUCAGCGGCCUUCUCGAUCUCUUUCGCUUUAAGCUGGGUCAAACAACUUCGUCCAGCAACAACUUCGAAGCGUUCUCGGCAUCGGUCGUGUAUCAUUACGACUGGCACCAUCCGCCACCAACCCCUGAAUCGUCCUUGUUGGAAUGGAGGCAGGCCGCGGACUUGAAUCACAGCCACCACAAGCUGUGGAAGUACUUGACGUGGGGUCCGGUCAAAUCCCCUCUCGUGUCGCUGGCUUUGAAAACUGGGUGGACCGCUCUUCAAGAAGGAACGUACGUGGACAAUGCGGUCCACUCGACUCUGAACCCCAUGGACGCCCCAACGUUCCUCUUGACUGCGCUCCUUCAAUCACCUCAAGAAGGCUCGCUACCUCCCAUGGCCCACAGCCUUCAACAUUUGAUGUCGAACUUGCACCAGGCGCGAGGUGUAAGUCGUGAUGUGCUCGUGAGUGAAGUCGCCACCGCCCAGGCAUCGUCUCCAAAACGGUCUCCAUCUCGAUACCAAUCGCGAGUUCCCGCGGCCCGCGCAGCUGCCGUCAUCGGCCAAGCGAUAGGGUCGUGGGUCAGCCCUGCCAACGCAGAAAUUCCAACCAUGUUGGCAUCGGUUCUCGACGCGGACCAGGCGAUGGAGUCUCCGUGGUGUCUCGCCCCCACGUGUCUGCAGCACGCCGUCGUUGUCGGGCAAUUGGUGUCGCGACUCGCAUUGCAAAUGUCUCGACUAGAGGACUUGCAAGUGCAAUGCCUGCUGUGGGUCGAGUUUGUGCGAGCGCUACGAGAUCAGUGGAGCACCCAUCAAUUGUUACCGUAUAUGGGACUUGGUCGAGAUGGCAUGUUAAAUCCGCUGGAAGGCGACCCACUGGAUGGAAUUUCGAUGCCAAAUCCAGACUUUCAUUUCAACCUGUUGCAUCAAAAGAUGCAACUACUCAAUGUGUGCAUCGUGCGACGAGUGCGCGACCCGCUGAGUAGACGGCACAGCCACGCCACGGAUGACGACGAUGAAUUCUUUGAUUCGCUCGAGGAAGUGCCUUGCGUGGGCGUCGCGAAGGUGCUGGAAGGCCAGUAUUUGCUCCACCAUCCGACAAAGGAACUCCACGUGCCUAUUACUCAAGACCCUGUCCCGCUAACGGAAGACAUCGCGAAGGAGCAACAAGACAUUCUGGCAAAACUGGGGGUGUCAGCGGAGUCGACACUGCUGCGCCAGCAAAUUCAAAGCACAUCCAUGCUGUCCGACAUGCAAGCGUUCAAAGCAGCCAACCCGCAGAGCUGCCUCGCCGACUUUAUUCGAUGGUAUUCGCCGCGUGACUGGAGUGAACACGACGAAGCUCCGUCGGAACCCCAUGACAUGAAGACGUCGUUCCCACAAGGACAUCUCUCGAGUCGCAUGAGCCACCAGCAAGACGCGAAUCCGUGGCAAAUCAUGUGGGCGAACGCCGCCGCCGUGCCUGCGGAAAAGCAAAAACCGCUGUUUGACGCCGCUACCGAAGCGGAAAAGUUGUUUCACUUCCUCGAAACCAUGGCCCCAGCGACCAUGCUCUAUCAUAUGGUGGUCGCUACGCUGUCCAACCUGUCCGUCUUCUGGCAAAACGCGAUGGCCCACGACUGGCUGGUCGAGUUUCCAGUGUUCGUGGCGACUCGCGACCAUUUUCAAGCAAAAUGCAACAAGGCCAUCGCUGCACUCGACGCCGCGGCCGUCGACGAAAUCAACCAGCCAACGGCGGAGCAUCAAGUGCUGCUUGCUCUGGCGCACGAUGCGUGUGAAAAGGCCGUCGACGCCUUGGCGCAGGUUGAAACCACAGUCGCCGCCCUCACUAGUCUGCGGCACGUACUACCAGACGUAUCGGCGUCCUUGAUCAACGACAUGGUCGUGACCAAAGCGCCAGUUGUCGUGUCGAAACAUGAUCGAACGGCUGUCGCGAACGUCGUGUGGUCGCAUAAAGACGCAAAUGGACCGCUGCAUCGAUUUCCCAUCGAGCGGGAAUACGUCCUUCGACACAAAGCCCCUCGGCCAUUUCUGGGACGAAGUCAAACUUCCAAAGAGGCUCUGGACGUGGUCAGCCGACUUUAUGCCAACUUCACGCCCCACGAAGUGCGCUAUGCACUGGUCCUUACCGAGUCGGAGUUCUAACGAAGCGAACAAGUGCACUCGCAUCUCAGUUGCCAUCCGAGAUUCAAACUAUCGCUGAAGCCGCGACGGGAUGAAGGAUCAAUCGUUUGUCAACGGGCUGGUCUGGUAACUCGAGAACACAUGCCCGCUUCGCCCCAACAAUACAUCGCGCUUUGAAAUAGGCGGGUUGAGGUCGGUUUUUUGAUUGGCACUGUCUUAGUCGUAGAUUUCCAGCCACAUGCAACGUGUAGCGGUCUAGAUGGAUAUUAAUGCACAGCGCAUGCCACACACUGGCAUGACAG